AUGCCAGACCCAUUUAUUGAAACGUCGAGGUUCACGUGGGCAAAGCAAACGUACAAGGUUAAAGAGGAUGCAGUGUACCGGGUGGCAGGGCCGGAUGCGGCGAUGUUUAUGCGGAACCUGAAGAGUACAGCGGUGAUGUUUUCUGGAUUUGCUGUCCUGGCCAUUGGCGUGCUGAUUGCCAAUGACGAGGAUCGGGGUGGGUUGAUGCAGUCGCUAGAAAAGCUCACAAUGAGCAAUAUCAGCAAUAAGGACAGUCGGAUGUGGGCCCAUGUGGUGCUGUUUUGCGUGCUAGUACUGGCAACAAUAUACCUGACAUUUUGCGACGCAUUCCACUACCUGGGGAUUCGCAACGCAUAUCUACGUGAGCCUGACUACAAGCAGCUUCUGCGAGCCAAUUCAGUUCUUAUCACAGGGAUUCCGCGGGCAGAAAACACAGUGGAGAAGCUGCUGGAGAAAUUUAGACAUUUUCCAGGCGGUGUGAUGGCCGCGUGCCCAUGCCUGACGCACAGCGACAUGGGCAAGCUGGUAGCGCGACGGAACAAGCACGUGCGGGAGCUCGAAGCCGACAUGUGCGAGUUCCUGGCCAAGGGCUUUCGGACGGACGCGGCGCGGCGGGAUUAUGAAGCAACUGCGACCAACAACACGGAUAAGCAAGACCCGCGUGGAGAGCCAGUGGAUGCAAUCUCCUACCACUGCGAUCGAAUCACAGAGCUGAACCGCGAGAUCUGCGGGCUGCGGACGCAUUUGGCAAUGGACCAGCGGCCGUCGGCAGCACUGAUAGUUUUUAAUCGGCAGGAGGCGGCACACGAGGCAUGCAAGUCAUCGCUGGAGACGCAGUGGUUCCGGCGCGGCCUGCCGCCAACAUACUGGCCGCGGUUCAGCGACAUUGACCCAGGGGAGAUCAACUGGCCGGGCCUGACGGUGCCGAUGCGGGCGAAGCGCAUCAACAAGGUUCUAUCGCGGGCGUUCGUGCUGGGUGUGAUCAGCGUAUGGAUCUUCCCGGUAGUGUUUAUCUCGGCAGUGGCAAAGAUGGACCGGUUGGAAAACUUUGGGCCGUUCAAGGACAUCUCGAACUGGCCGACGCAGCUGGCGGGGCUGGUGCAGGGAGUGUUUCCGCCGUUGAUCCUGGGGAUUCUGCAGCGGAUGAUCCCGGGUCUGUUCCGGCGCGCAAUCGCCAUAGAGGGGAUCCCAACAACACGGCACAUGGAGCUGACGCUGCUGAACUACAUGUUCCUUUUCGAGAUCACCGAUGCGUUUGUGAUUCCGUGCGUGGCAUCGACGAUUUUCGGCAGCUUUGACACGUUCCUGCACGAUCCGUUCGCAGCAGCGCGCACAAUUAUCAAGGAGAUACCGACGGUCAGCACGUUCUUCAUGGCGUAUGUGCUGAUGCAGGCGCUGGCGAACGCUGGGAUGGAGCUGGCGCGGGUGCUGCGCAUCAUCGACUACAAAUUUACAACGUGGUUCAGCCGGCGGUCGCCGCGCAUCAUGCUGCAGCACAAGAUGCCGUCCAAGUUUCAGUACGCCGAGGCGAUCCCGACCCAUUCGCUGAUGUUUCUGCUGGGGCUAAUCUACUCGGCUGUGGCGCCGCUGAUGACGGUGGCCACAACGCUCUACUUUGUGCUGUUCGCGUUCGUCUACAAGUACAAGUUUAUGUAUGUGUACGAUGACCGGUCGUUCCGGCUUGGCGGACAGAUCAGCGUCAAGCUGCUGGCGCACCGGUGGAUGUGUCUGUAUGCGGCCGAGGCGCUGUUCUUCCUGGUCAUAGUGAUGCGUGUGUCGGUGCACAAAACCAAGGCAUCGGGGAUGCAGCUCACCAUGGUGAUAUCUACUAUCAUGAUCACCUUUUACUUCAACUACAUAAUUAAGACGCGCAUCUACCCGCGCCUUAUCUACAUUGACGAUCACCCCGAGGAAACAGCCGACGUGCGGCUUCGACUCGGCCGAGCGACGCCGGCACCAGAGCCCGAGCUGGCCAACUCGCAGACCACAGCAAUGGGAUUCCACGAGUAUGCGCUGCCACGCGAGAUCGAGCGCGCAUGUUCUGAUCCGUGCUUGAAAAUCACCGUUACCGAGCACGGCGGGUCGCCCGAGCCGCCAAUGUUCAAUGAAAUAGGGCAGGAGAUCCGCUCGCAGGCGUCGCUGAUUCCGACGCGGCCCGAUCCUGCAAUCAGCCAGCUAUUUGCUGAGCCGGCGCCGUUCCCAUAUGAGGCGUGGCGGAUAGAUGCACGGCCAGAAAUCGCCACAGUGGGGCCGGGAGUGCCUGUUCGCAGCGAGCUGUUCGAUGACCCGACGGUUCUGUGGCCGAAACACGUGACAGACCCGGGCUUUUCCCACGUCUGGCUGCCUGCACUGCCCGCACAGACGUGUCCGCCCAGGCAGCCCAGCGAUGCAACUCUGAAUGGGGCAGCAGAUAUCCGGAUGGCCUCGCGCAGCCCGCGGCCGCGUCAGGUAGCCAUGGCACGGGCUCGUGCAGGCGGCAUGUUGGGGAUGCCGCUGGGGCAAAUGCUUAGCGCAUCGAGUCUGGCUGACCUGUUGGCGCGGCGGCAGCCAUUGGCACCUACACCCAGUAUCAGGGGCGGGGACUCGGGAAGCAGCUUCAGCGACAGCAAUGACAGCGUGGGCGCGUGGGAGGAAGUGGCAGAGUCGCUGUACGAGGAGAUCGGGUGGCGGCUCGGCGUCUACGGCGACGUGGUGACGCGAUUCGCGGCAUUCGACGAGGACGGGCGGGACUUUGACGUUAGUGCAGCCGGGUACCCUGAAAACCCGACGAUGCGGCCGCUCCAGCGCGUAAUCCACUUUGAAUGA